GUUUUACCUCGCAAUACACAAGGUAACAACGCCUGCAUAAUCUCCAAUCCAGAAGGAAAGGAAUCCCAUCGGGGUCUUCAAGAUCAAUCAGGAGACAUCCUCGGAGUCUUCUCUAAGAAACUAUCAUUCAAUGACCUACACGUUGAUUAAUCAUUUUGUGUCGACCUAACACGCUGUUCAGUCGGGCGUUGAUACCUGCGGAUGGAGAACAAGAAAACACAAACAGGGCUGGCACGCCUGAAGCACUUCACAUGGGCCAAUUUCACACUACCCAUGUCGACAGGCGGUCUAGCCCUCUUGCUAGCUGAGCAGACGCAGGGUUUUACGUUCAGCGGACUUCAGACCGUCGGAAAGGUUUUCUACGUUCUCGACCUCGUCGUCUUCACUCUCAUCGUGGCCGCCAUCUCGUACCGCUUUGCGAAGUACCCGGGCACGCUGAAGAAGUCCAUCGUGCACCCCACCGAGGGCCUGUUUCUGGGGACGGCGGCUCUUAGUGUGGCCUCGAUUAUCUCCGGCAUCGCGAGAUAUGGCAUACCGUCCUGUGGCCCUUGGCUCCUCGUGGUCUAUCGGAUUCUUUUCUGGAUCUAUUUCGCCGUCACUUUCAUCAUCGCUGUCGCGCAGUAUGCUUUGCUCUUCACGAGCCCGAAGUUGAAGCUGUCGGAUAUGACUCCUGCAUGGUGCUUACCUGCGUUCGGGUUUAUGCUGUCGGGAGUGAUUGCGUCGUCCGGUGCCGGGGUGCAACCACCUGAUCAGGGCGUUCCCAUGCUUGUGGCCGGCCUCGGGGCGCAGGGUUUCGGGCUCUUGGUGUCCGUCUUCUUCUAUGCUUGCUAUGUGUCUCGAAUGAUUCAGUACGGCUUCCCUGCGCCAAACUCGCGACCGGUGAUGUUUGUUGCCGUGGGGCCUCCUGCCUUUACGAGUGUCGCUAUUAUUGGCAUGGCGAAUGACUACCCGGCAUACUACGGUGUUUUUGGUCCCGACCAAGUCACCAUACAAAUCUUUCGGGUUCUCGCCACCACGGUGUGCAUAUUCAUAUGGUUCCUCAGCCUCUGGUUCUUCUGUAUUGCUGCUGUGGCUAACCUGGCCGUCUGGAGAGAGAUAUCAUUCCACCUAAACUGGUACUCGUAUAUUUUCCCAAACGUGGGCUUCACGAUUGCCGUCAUAUCGGUCGGCAAGAUGUUAAAGAGCAAUGGUGUGAUUGGCACCGGCAGUGCGAUGACCAUACUCCUCGUCUUCGGAUGGUUCGUCAUACUCUUGAAUCACAUCCGAGCGGUCUGGAGGGGUCAAAUCUUGGCGGACGGCAAAGACGAGGACUAUUAUGUAAACGAGAGACAUCAUUCCCAUGUAAAGAAAGACGAAGACGGUGCAGAUAAACAAGCUUGAUUUAACGCUGGCUAAUAAAUCCAAGAAAAUACAGUUCUGUUAACCUUACUGUAGUGCUUGAACACUAAUGACCAAUCAUCUUAGAACUCCUUCAUAUAUCCAGCACACUACUUACCGUUUUAAACCCCUCUUCUUCAUACCGAUCCUCAAUCUGCACGUACCGCCCGCUGUAUUCCUGCAGUCAAAAGUACGAAGCCAACCACAACCUCUAUGAGCUUUCAAGGUAACUGUUUCCCACGGUUAGAAGGUCUAGCCAUGUUUCCCAAGAUGGUAAAGCCAUCGAUGAUGAAGGCAGCUCUAUAUCUAGCUGUGUGUCAAUUGACUCUGGCUGCAAUUCUAGCUGCGCGCUAGUUGACGCAUGUGGUGUUGAAUAUGGCAGGAUGUCUGCCAGCAUGUCUAGCUGGGUCUCUGCCGACGUAUAUGGCUGUGUGUCUAGCUGCAUUUGCAGUUGCGUAUGGUCUUUUGACUCUGCAAGUAGGAACUUUGGCAGUCCUAGGUUAAUAUUGGGAAUCCAAAACACGCGGUCACCUGCGGAUGCGUAGCCAUUAUUUUCAGG